AUGAAACAGUCACUUUUAAUUAAAAAACCACAUGGCCUGAAAAAAGAAUAUCUGCUAGAACUCAACAAAAAUUUAGCGACGAACGCAAAAAACCUUCAAAAUGUAAAGUCAGAUGUUACCAUGAGGAAAAUGCGGUCAGAAGUUUUAUCGUCUAUGGAUAGGCACAAAAAUGAUAUUUUAGACUUAAUUUUAAUGCAAAAGGAGCACCCCGAAUAUAUUAAAGAAGUGUCUGUCCCUUUCAAUAUCAAAGUAUAUAGUAUCGAACAACUACAAGUACUCAAAAAAGAAUCUAAAAAUCUAAGUUUACCUAUAGUUCAUUUCGAUGCCACUGGCACAGUGGUAAGAAAACCUGAUCCUUCCUUUAAAAGAAUUUAUUUUUAUUCGGCAGUUAUUCAAGCGCCAAAAGCAAAUAGGAUCUUUCCAAUUUUUUCCAUGGUAUCAUCUAUACACGAUUCUAACACAAUCUUUAAACUAUUUAAUGACUUUAGAUUUUUUUGUGAACAUCAUAACUUUUGGCCUGCUUUUUCCAAAAUCGUAACAGAUUUUUCUUUUGCCAAUCUGCACGCCAUGUGUAAAUCACUAAACCGAUGCUCUUUGUCAGAGUAUUUAAAUAAAUGCUACGAACUUCUUACGGAUUCUAAUAAAUCGUACUUGGAUUUAAUCCAAGUUCAUUUAUGUUGCGCACAUUUUAUGAAAAUGGUGUCCAACGACGUGGAUAAGAUAAGUACUAAUUUCGAACAAACAUUUUAUUUUAAAGAUUUGAUAGCUAUUGCUAUUCAAACAUACAAUUUGCAAGAUUUUGAUGAAUACGUAAGAAAUUUGGCCAUAGUUAUGAAUUCAAAGUUUUUAAACGACUAUGUCGCAAGUGCAAUGGAUCAACUCUCAACUACAAACUCAUUAAAAAAAAGAAGUUCUCUACAGGAUCUUAUUUCGAAUGAUUUGGGAAUUCCAGCAGAACUGGAAGAUAAUUUGGAAGAAGGUUUACAUAAGAGUAGUCCUUUCUUUAAGAGAUAUUUUAGCAUUUUAAUAAAUAUUAGAGAAAAUUGCUCAGAUUCUGGUCCAACUAACAUUUUUUAUAACCCUCAUAUGUAUAAUCAUAUCUUAAACAAGUACGUGCCUUUAAGUCCGUUAUGGACAGGUUUACUUCUUGACGAAGACACGCGACUCAGUAAUGCACCAGCUGAAAAUUAUUUUUGUCAAGUAAAAUUAAACAUCUUAGACUCAAAGAAGAACUUGAAAUGCUCUAGAUUCCUUAGACUAUUAAGAAAAGACGUUCUCGCUUUGAAAGUCGAGUCUGAUUUAGGGAUACCCAAAAAUCGUUUAACAAAAUUGUAUGCCGAAAGCGAACAGGGCUCUCAAGAACGAUGGGAAAAAAAAAGGAAAAAGGUGGAUACGCAUUUUGAGGGCAGAUUUUUGAAAACAUUCAAUAAACCUAAAACCGACGACCCCUGUGACGACCUAACCGACCACCAAAAUAAUAAUUAUUAUUCAAACAAUACUUAUGACGAAAAUAAUUUUGUAAAUGAGUGUCGAUCAUUUCUCGAAAAAAUAUCUUUGAGCAAGUUUCAAAAACUCCGCCUAGAAGAAAUGACCAGAAGUCAAGGAAAUUCUCAACUUUGGAAAGAAGAGCGGCGUAUUCGAGUUACAUCUUCAUUUUUUGGCAGAAUAUGUAAAGCAAAAAAUGAAGACUCAUACGAAACCAUUGUGAAAAGUAUUUUGUGCCCUAAGGAACUUAAUGUCCCAGCUGUUAAAUAUGGUUUGUUAAAUGAAGAUGUAGCUCGAAAAACCUACAGCCACAAAUUUAAAGUGAACGUCGCCAGCGCUGGUUUGUUCAUACAUUCCAAAUACCCUUUUAUUGCGGCGUCACCUGAUGGGUUAGUUGGAGACUCAAAAAUCAUCGAAAUUAAAUGUCCCUAUAAGAUCAGAGAUUUCGACCCCAAUUCAUGUGACUUAGAUUUUCUUGAUACAACUAACGAGAACAUAAACAAAAAACAUACUUACUAUUAUCAGAUUCAAGGUGCGCUAGAAAUUACAGACAGACCACAAUGUGACUUGGUGAUAUUUUCAAAAAAAGGUCUAAAGUUGGUCGAAGUUGAGCGUUCAAAUGAUUUUUGGCAAGGUGUUAAAGACAAAUUAAUUGAAUUUUAUAUGAAUCACUUGCUCCCACGAAUUAUUUUUCCCAAUGUAAACUUAAAUAAACAGCAGAAAAAAUGGGUUACAGUAAAGUCACUUUCAUUUUUUAAUAAUGGGUUAGUAAUAAAUACCAAUUAUUACAAAAAACUAAAAAAUGAAAGAGAGUAUCCUGUAACUUAUCUAGAAAAUAUUGAAGGUACAAUAAAGCAAAUCACUAUUGACGAUUAUUUGUCAUUAAAUGAUAAACAACAAUUACAUAGCUUCAUUAUAGACCAUUGUUUUUUUUUAUUUGAUAAAACUAAGGAGUAUCAAAUAUUUUCUGUGGAGCAGUCCUCCAUUAUUUUUGGGGACAGAAGUGAUAUUUUACCAUCUUUUUACAACAACAUUAAAUUUACAAAGGACAAAGUAGCGAUGCCUUUUGAAAAAGGCAAUCACUAUUUGCUUAUUUUAAUUCAUUUUGAAAAACAAGAAUUCAUUCUUCUUGAUCCUGUGGGACACGAAAAUGUACUAGCAGGCAAAUACUUCAAAAAAAUUAAGGAAGUUAUUUUUAGGCCUAAAAAUAUUAACUUGAGGUGGAACUUGAAAACGGAAAGUCACAUAACACAAACAGAUGGUUACAACUGUGGAGUAUAUAUUAUAUACUUUUUUCAUCAAGUUGUAAAUAAUUUAAAUCUUAUGGAUCCGAUUCCAAAUUUGUUAGCCUAUAGAAAUAAUUUAAAAUAUCUUCUAUUAGAGAAUUCAAGUUCACUAAAGAAUCUUUGUUUCUAUUGUAAUAGUAUUGUGGAAAAUGCUUGCUUUAAAUGCAAUUGUUGCCACCGUGUUACCCAUUUUAAAUGUAUUUUGAGCCAAAAAGACAUUGACAAUAACAUUGCAAUGAAAGAUAGAACAAUAAAUAAUAUCUGUGAUUUAUGUAGACUUAACUAG